UGGCCACCAGGUGGCGGAAUCAUGAAAUAGUAGUCUGUAGCCAUGCCCCUAACGACAGUGACCAAUCGCAGGGAUGUUAAAAUAUGAUUGACACGGUAGGUAACCAAUGGACUAAUUUGUACGUCACUCUCCCUAAGGGAGUGAAAGAACAGCAUCAAGUUCGGGUGCAAGACAGUUACUCAAUGAACGAAGCCCAGCUGGAGGAGACUAACGUUAUACUAGUCUUCAAAUGUACCAACGACGGUUCUUGUGCACGGCUGGGGAGGGUUGACAUUGCUAGUGGUAAAUGACGAUGCGACAUUGUAUUGGACGCUCUGACUUAAUUGGGCUCACAUUAACAUAGCUAGCGGCUUGCUCCACCUGGAUACGGUCUCCCGGAGGACUACGGUGAGACACAACACAGCAGAAGUCAGCGAGUGGUCUGUAGCCUUGGCUUGUAUCAUUGCAUCCAUCCACGAAAGUGACGCGACCAAAUAGACCCGAGCCACUGAAAGGCGCAGGUGCCAUGACGGGGUUGGGGGCAGAGGAUGACAUCCCACUGGGCGAGAGGAAGACGGUCACAGACUUCUGCUAUCUGCUGGACAAGUCAAAGCAGCUCUUCAACGGCCUCCGAGAUCUGCCCCAGUAUGGCCACAAGCAGUGGCAGUCCUACUUCGGCCGCACGUUUGACGUCUACACCAAGCUGUGGAAGUUCCAGCAGCAGCACAGACAGGUGCUGGACAAUCGGUAUGGCCUUAAGCGGUGGCAGAUCGGGGAGGUGGCCUCCAAAAUUGGCCAGCUGUACUACCACUAUUACCUCCGCACGUCGGAAACGAGCUACUUGAACGAGGCCUUCUCCUUCUACUCGGCCAUCCGGCAGCGUUCCUACUACUACCAAGUCAGCAAGGAGGAGAGGCCUGAGCUGGUGGUGAAGAAGCUGAGGUACUAUGCCCGCUACAUUGUGGUGUGUUUGCUCCUGAACAAGAUGGACCUGGUCAAAGUUUUAGUGAAGGAGCUGUCUGAGGAGAUUGAAGACUACACCCAGCGGUUUAACACUGAGGACCAGCUGGAGUGGAACCUGGUGCUGCAGGAGGUGGCUGCCUUUGUGGAGGCCGACCCGGUGAUCGUGCUGAACGAUGACAACGCUGUAGUGAUUACGUCCAAUCGGCUGCAAGAGGGGGGCGUGCCCCCGCUGGAACAGGGCAUGGUGGUUGGUCAGCUCACCCUGGCUGAUGCCCUCAUCAUUGGCAACUGCACCUCUCAGGUGAAGUUCAGUGAGCUGACCAUCGACAUGUUCCGCAUGCUGCAAGCCCUGGAGCGCGAGCCAGUCAACCUGGCCACGCAGACCAGCAAAACAGGAACACUGGUGAGGGAGCCAAGGCCUUCUACACCUCUCUUUCUCUCUCUCCCUCCCUCUCUCUCCCCAGCCAUAGGGGGGAACCCCCACAGGUACCUGUUUUAGAGGCCCACCUUCAGUCAGCUUCACACCUUCCUUCUAGAGGCCUCCUUCAAAGAGCUGCCAGCCAAUAGUGUGCUUCUGGUCUAUCUCUCCGCCUCUGGAGUCUUCCCCACUGCACGCAAUGAUUAUGAAGGCCCUUAUGAUGUCGGUGGUGUGCUGACCAACACCAACCGUGAUGUGGUGAAUGGAGAGACCAUCCAGAAGAGGAACCAGGCACAGAAAGAGAUGCACUGCCUCCAUCCUGGUGAUCUGUACCCCUUCACGAGGAAGCCCCUGUUUGUUAUAGUGGACUCGUCCAACAGCACGGCCUAUAAGAAUUUCACAAAUCUGUUUGGACAGCCAAUUGUCUGCCUGCUCUCCCCUACAGUCUACCCCAAGAGCAUGCAAGACCAGUCUCAGCGAGGCAGCCUCUUCACCCUCUUCCUGUAUAACCCCCUGAUGGGUUUCCUGUCGGUGUGCGGGCUUAGCAGCAUGCGCCAGGGAUUGUGGGAGAAGGCCCAGGAGUUCCUCCGCAAGGUGUUCCGCGACAUCGGCCAGCUGAUCACGCGCUCACGGGUCAUAGACCAAGCCUUCUUGCAGUUCUAUGGGGAUGAGUUCCUGCGGUUGCUGAUGAUUCGGUUUGUGUUCUGCUCAGCGACCCUCCGACUGCACAAGCUCUUCCGGGAGUCUAGGAGCUUUCCGGAAUCUUACCCCCAGCUUCCGAAACCAGACACAGUGGAAAACACCGCUCUUCAGAAACACGUGCACCAACUAGCUGCCAUGUUGGACGUACAGAACCUGUUCUGUGACGGCACGCUGGAUAAUUAUUGACCACAUCUGCAGUAGAACACACACACACACACACACACACACACACACACACACACACACACAAACCAACAUACACAUACUUUACAAACAAAGUCUUUGCAUAGUUCUUGUUGAAUGAACUUUGCAGUUUUAUCUAAUCUUCUUAUCUAGUGCUAGGUUAUUCUUUGCCAAAUGUUUUCCUGUGGAAAUGUUCGACCUUACGAUCCACUUUUUAGUUAACAUCUCAAGACAUUUCUUGAAGCAGUGAUAAUGGAAAACAAUAUGGCUGACAGCAGCUCUCUAAACCAUAGCUGUAAAGAUAUGCAGAACAGACCAAUUGAGAACAGGGUAGAGAAACAAAUCAUCACUAGAAUGGAGGGAAAAUUCUGGAAAGACACCACUGCCUGUUUUAAAUUCAGCUUCACUCCUCCAGUAGUCUUCAGACUCUAUAUGUUCGCAAAGUUUCACGCCUUGUCAUCCUCUGACUUCUUCUCUUCUGCAUGUGCAUUCUACUGUCUGACACUCUGUUGUUAAUGGCUUGCCUUUCUUGGUUCUCUUGAGUUUCUUAACGCCAUUUUGUCUUCUUCUGUACUAACUUGAGUCUGACUAACUUGAGCCACAACCCUUUUGUGGUAUGACUCCCUGUGUUUUUGGGGAUGAAUCCUCCAGUCCAGGUUCCUCACCGCACUGGGAUGCAUUUAAGAGGGCGUGUGUGUCGUCUAAACGUUUGUGGAGUUUUAAAAUGAUAUAUUCCACCGAGGAGGAUAUUUUAGCACGUUUGCCAGUAGUGUGUCCCUGUCCAUAGAAACGAUUUUAUAUUCCGCUGUCCGAUGUAUAUGUGGUGGACUAUACUAUCCAAAAAGGAUUAUCUUGUUUCUGAAGCUCCAUGGAAGGGUGGCGAGCAAAGCAAAUAUCCCUAUAUAUACAAAUAUAGAUAUGUAUAUAAAUGUAUAGACAAGGAAAAAAAUGAACAUGUGAGGCUGCAAGAUGUUUUUAUUUCUGUCUUUCAUGUAGCUGAGGUUUUUGUUGGUAGAAGAAUUGUGAAGAGAUGGUGCUGUGCAGUUGGCCCAGACAGUGUCCCCAUCCCUACACCGCACGCACACACACACACACACACACACACACACACACACACACACACACACACACACACACACACACACACACACACACACACACACACACCCUUUCCACCCCUUAGAUCUGAAGUUUGUGAAUGAACUACGACGCUGUCAUGCCACUGCGCCCUCUGCUGUUGUAUUCGGCUCACUGCAGCCAGCCUACAUUCCAAGGACAUCCUGACAAUGAGCCCGCUGAGGAGCCUGCCGCUGAGUCCGUUGCUUUUUAAUUUCCUGACUUUGAAUUGGGCCAUCCCGACAGGGGAAUAUAGGGCAGCAGAAUGUUAAUUGCCUUUUUUUCCGUUUGUUUUGUUUAUUUAACUUGUGAUAUUGUUCACAAAUGGAAAAGAAUUUGGAAAACAAAUGUGGAGAAGAACACAAAUGUUAGCAUAAUGAUGAGGAAAAUGAUGAUGAUGAUGAUAAUAAUAAUAAUAGCCUUGCACUUUACUUGUACUGAAGUUUGACCUGAUGUUGUUUGUUGUGCUGUUGGUAAUGUCAGAGGCAUGUCAGAGACCACAAUAACUAACACAAUUGUCUUACUGUAUACUCACCCUAUGUGCAUCCAGCACUCUAUAGCCUUGGCUGGACGCUCCGUCUCCACUGCGUAACAGUGUACACAGACCAAGUUCCAGUGAGAGGAAAGACUGAGCCUGCUGCACACACCUGCGUCCCAUCCUCCCCCUCAGUGUUACUGCUCCCCAUUGGACUGGACGUUUGCAAGCAUGUCUGUGUGUCUGAGCGUCACAGCAAGAGCGGCCACCCUCCGAGCUCUGCUGUGUUGAAAAGGCACGGACUAGUAGCUCUGUUCUUUGGAAGCACAAGACUCAGCCAGUCGAUCCAACAUUCCAGCACCUUCCUAUUUUACUGCGCCCCCCCC